GAGCUUAGCUAAGUGGAGAUUCUGACGAGCGUGAGCUUCAGAGACAUCAUCAGUCUUCAAUGGCGGACGGAGGAGGAGGGCUUUCCCCUUCGUCUGGUCUCCACUUGGUCUCCGCCUUUCUUGCGAUGGAACCCUCAGACACUUUACUGUCAUACGCCAGAUUUUGCGGGGGAGGGUCGAUCACGGAGAGCGUCCAGAGGUUCAUUUGGAAUCAUUGUGUAAGGGAAGCUGUUGGAAAAUGUCAUGCCUCAUAUUUGAAGAACUUCCUAAAGAAGCUUAUACGUGAGAUUGAAUCAAACCAUGAUGUUGUCUUGGAUGAAUUUUACAAAUUGUUGACUGAUUAUCUUACUUCAAAGGAGGGGAAUUCAAUUAAUGGAAAUGCGAGGGCUUUGAAGUACAUCUCCUUUCUCUUUCCAGAAGGUUGUUGUCACCUCCAAAGCUGCCCAAUGACUAGGAAACUGGUGGUUCCUCUGCAUUGUUCUCUGAACAUGCUUGAAGGAGACACGGGGUGCUCAAUUUGGCCGUCCAGUCUAUUUUUGUCGGAACUCAUACUUUCUUAUCCACAACUAUUUUCUAAGAAAUCAUGUUUUGAGGUAGGCUCAGGGGUUGGCUUAGUCGGCAUCUGUCUAGCGCACAUUAAAGCAAACAAGGUGAUAUUAAGUGAUGGGGACUUGUCUACUUUGGCCAACAUGAAGCUUAAUUUGAAGUUGAAUAACUUGACCCUUGAUAAUGAUCAGGAGUCAGAACCUCUCGAGUCUCCAAGCCCAGUAAAAUGCAUGUUCUUGCCUUGGGAAUCUGCAUCAGAAACCGAGCUCCUCGCCUUGAAGCCUGAUAUUAUCUUAGGUGCUGAUAUUAUUUACGACCCGUCAUGCCUUCCUGAUCUAGUUCGUGUAUUAUCCACUCUUCUGCACGGGGAGAAGCUGCCACCUCUCUGUAAUGACAGGAGUGGUGGCAGGGAGCAUCCCGUGGCUUAUAUCGCUUCAGUGAUCAGAAAUGUCAACACUUUCAACCAAUUUGUUGGUCUAGUGGAGAAGGCGAAUCUUGUGAUCGAGGACCUCACGCAGAGUCUCCAGCCUUCCAACUUUCUUCCGUUCAUGCAAUCUUAUGAUCGGUCAAGCAUACAGCUCUUUCUGCUUUCAGUGAAGUGAAAUGAACUGGCUCCCUUGUGCUUCUUUCUCGAACUUAUUAUACCUCUGUGUACUGGAACAGAUAGUAGUUUGCAAGUGAUAAUUCUCGCGCAAAUCAUUCUACAUCGAAAGACCUGAGGGUGCCAUACCAUUAGAUUUUUUUGGUAAGGUAAUAUGCAGAUACUGAACGAAAAAUGCAGCCCUUGUUUGUUCAA